GUAGCAAUCCUAACACACACUCUAUCCGCUUGUACAGUGCAGUAUUUCACAGGACGUAUACUAUGGAUGAAGAAAGCCUGAAGGCUUCAAUUGAAACAUACAAAAUGCAGCUGUCUCAAGUUGAAUGUGCCCUCCUUGCUGCAGGAGCUGAUGGCAGCCCUGAUCUUGUUCAACUGAAGUCGGAUCUCACAGAGCUCAUUCAACUCACAGAAGCUAGUUUACUGUCCUUGAAGAAGAGCCAGUUGCUCAGCAUGGUGGAAGAAACAACUAGUAGCAGUAUAAACGAAGAAACGGACACUUCAAAUUCACAAGAACCAGGACAGACAGACUUUGAUGCUGAAUUUGCUGCAUUUCAGGCUGCUGUAUCAGACACCAGAUCAGAAAAUAUUCCCAACAUAGACCAAGCAUCUUGUUCUGAGAACAGCACAUCAGUUUAUGCUGAAAAUCAAAGUGUUCAGAGUCAAGACAUUGCAAGCUGCAGUCAAUAUCAUGAAGAUCAUGAGCAAUUCCAUAGCGACCUGACAGACCAACUCAAUUCUGAACUCAGUGGUAUGAAGUGCCGGGCACCGUAUGCAUUUGACUGGGGAGGAAUGGAAUAUCACAAUGCUAUGGUGGUUUGUGUGGAACCUCUUGAUGGAGAGGAUGAACCUAAAGUGAGAGUCCUAUACUGUAACCCUACACAUCAGUCCAUGCUACCUUGUCGUUAUUUCCUGGAUGGAGACUGCAGGUUUUCUGAGGAUGACUGCCGUUACUCACAUGGCUCUGUUGUCAGUGUCAGUGAUCUCCGUGAAUUUAAAGAGCCUGAUUAUAGUCUCCUCAAGGAGGGCUCUGUUUGCCUGGCAAAAUACUCUGAUAACAUAUGGUACAGGGCUGUGGUUUUAUCAUGUAAAGAAGAUCACAAGUAUGCAAUUAAAUUCAAAUCCUAUAACGAAGAAGAUGUAGUGGACCUGGAGGAUUUAAUACCUUUAGAUAAUUCUGAUGAUCCCUGUGACAGUGAUUCUGACUCAGACAGUAUACAGCCCCUGAAACCUCUUAAUGAUGAAAACAGUGAUGAAGAAGAAGCUGUCCCCGUGUUUCUGUGGAAACCACCCCAAACUACACAGGCCAUGGGAGAGUGGGAGGCCUAUACAAAGGGUAUAGGAUCCAAACUGAUGUUGAAGAUGGGGUAUGUUAUGGGGGAAGGUUUGGGGAAGAAUGGAGAAGGACGAGCAGAACCUGUUCCCAUAAAACUGCUUCCUCCAGGAAAGUCUUUAGACAAGAUAAUGGAACUGCAAGAGAAAGCAGGAGACCAAAGUUUAUUUGAUGUCAUGAAGAAAGAAAGAAAGAAACAAAAGAAAAUUGAAGAGAAGUUAAAAACGGAUUACAAAAAAGAGGCAGCACCUAAUGUAUUUGAUUUUAUCAACAAGAAGUUAGGAGGAAAGAAAGGCGAUAUUCACUCCCUGCUGCCAUCACAGAGACACGGAUCCAGAACAUCUAAGGACUCCUCGAAGAAGACACACAUCAAUGAGAAAGACCUCCACCAAAAGAGCGACCAGGGGAUGCGAGUUCAGCAGUUCAAGACUGACGAGGAGAUACGCAGUGUGGAAAGACAGCUGAGCAAACUCAGGGAUUCGCAUGCAAGAAAUGCUGGAAAAGAGAAAAAAGUGGCAGACCAAAUCCAACAAAAGAUCUCAACAAUGGAAAGUUAUCUAUCCAAACUGAAGUCUUCUGCCAAAACUCUGUCCACCCACCAAAAGAGGAGACAUGACCAUAAGAAACUGACCAUAUUUUGACAAGGGGACUCUUUAUAGACAUGUUAUAAAUGACAGUUAUGUCAUUUUAUGAUCAGUAGUUCAUUAAUUUGGACAAUUAAGAAGUUGAAAAGGAAUGUCGUUUAUAAAGGAAAUAGUUCAAUUUUUUUCAGAACAGUGGUUUUAUUGCAUUUUGAAUUCAGUAACCAGUUAAAGAAAUUACCUACGUUCUGUGCUGUAGUUACAAAAACUGCUAAUAAAGUACAUUAAUAUAUUUAAAAAAACUUAUGUAAUAUGAUUUAUUUAAUUUAAUAACUUAAUUUUUACAGAUUUUGCUUGCACACUUUAACGAGUCCUUUAUGUGAUUAUGGAAUGAAUAUUAUUGUUGAUUGUGCCAUGAAACAGUGACUAAAUUACAUCUUACCGUUAUCCAUAGGGUUGCAUAUUAUAUUUGACACUUUUAUUUCUAAUAUUGAACACGGGAAUUGCAUCCCAUGCAAGAACGAACUAGAGUAGGCAGGUAGUCCUUAUAUUCUGUUUCAUUUUACACACAGUACACACAAUGAUGUGUGCACGGAGUAACUACACGUCUUUGCUUACUUCUUCCAAAUUUGAUCAUAAAACCUGGUCCGGCCAGGUAUAUUGAAUUUGUACUGAGAUAUUGAAUGUCCUAAUUUUAAAGUGUGGGGCGCAGCUUAAAAUGGGCGUUUUUUAUGGUAAAAUUUUUUUUAAAUGGGAGUCAUGUCUUAAUACUUCUUUAAACCCCGUUGGGUUAUGUUUCUGUAGGCGCUAUGUUUCCCGAAGAUAUGCCACUGUAUAUACAUGUAGGGAUUUUACAGUAUGACCAGUAGGCUUAAAGUUU